GUCUCUCACUCAUCAUUUUGUUCUAUUUACCUCGCAAAAUCAAUAUUACAUAGAGAGGAUGACGAAGAAGUGAUUUCAUCUCAAUGACAUUUAUGGUGUUCUUUAUACAUUUCUAAAGGAUUGUUAUAAUUCUUGUUUGAUUAAACUUGUUAAUUCUUAUAUGAUGAUGAUAUGCAUGCUCUUAUUUCAAUUAUUACCCAUUGAUGAUGCCCCUGUUUCUAUACUAUCUUAGGCUUUAAUUCAAAUAUCGGAAAGAUUUUGUGCUUCUGGAUUUUCUAUUGCAUUUGUGUCUUAAUCUAUUCGAUUCUAGGGUUUCCAAUCAUCUCCCUCUCACACCCCAGACCCUAUGUGCUCGAGAUGAAUUUAUAAAUUUGUUGCUGCUAUCUUGGAGGUGUAGAGGCAAAUUUAUCUUCUGAUUGAAAUUGUGUUUCCUUCCACAUCAGAUGCCAUUCUUGAAGAACUAUCAAUGGCCUCUACUGGUCUAUGCUUCAGUUUUGGAAAUGUGGAGACUGACUGUUUCAUCAGAAAUCCUCAGUGAUACAGCUGCAAUACAGUUGUCUCAAAUGUUUGGGGCAAUCUUCUUCUUCCAUAUUUCAGAGUAUAUCCUGGCAGUCAAGAUCCAUGGUAGAUCAAAUGUAACUCUCAGUUCUCUUUUGAUAAGCAAACAAUACCUUAUGGCGAUGCUGUUCUCUUUGGUGGAAUACUUUCUUGAGCUCUCCUUUCUCCCUGGAUUGAAGGAUAACUGGUGGAUCAGCUAUUUGGGACUUGUAAUGGUUAUUAUAGGGGAAAUCAUAAGAAAGUUGGCAAUUCUGACAGCUGGUCGGUCCUUCACCCAUCUCAUUAGAGUCCAACAUGACCGUCGUCAUGAAUUUAUCACUCACGGUAUUUACAGUUUCGUUCGUCAUCCUGGGUAUUCUGGUUUCCUCGUUUGGUCAGUUGGAACACAGGUAAUGAUGUGUAGUCCAAUCUCAACUCUGGCAUUUGCGGUUGUGGUUUGGAAUUUUUUUGCAAAGCGGAUACCUUACGAAGAGCAUUUCCUCAGGCAGUUUUUUGGGCAGGAAUAUGUUGAGUAUGCUGAUACUGUUCCUUCUGGGAUUCCAUUUGUGAAGUGAGAAAUAGUUUCAGGUUUAUAUUUGAAAUUAUUAUUAUCUUCUUUUCUCUGUUUAGUCUUUGCUGAAUUAUCUUAAAAGUGCUCUUUCUUCUGAUAGUAUUUAGCCACCUUUUGUUAGAUGUAAGCAUUUUACAUAAUGUUAAUGAACGAAUGAUU